GGCCAGGUUAUACAGUAUUCGGUUCGCUGCUGCAGCCCGCGCUCCGCCCUGUGGGGGCCGCUGACCCGGAUGCGCUUUGCUUUCCCCGGCCUGCCUGUGCGAGACGACGACGACGACGACGACAGCGCCGCCGCUACCGCCAGUUGCAAGCGGCGGCGGGCGGCGGCGGCGGGAGUGGAAGAUGGCUGAGUCCCUGGAGGAGGUGGCGGUGCUGGUCCAGCGGGUGGUGAAGGACAUCAACAACGCCUUCAAGCGCAACCCCCACAUAGAUGAAAUUGGAUUAAUUCCCUGUCCUGAAGCCAGAUAUAACCGGAGCCCGAUAGUCCUGGUAGAAAACAAACUUGGGGUGGAAAGCUGGUGUGUCAAGUUUCUUCUGCCAUAUGUGCAUAACAAACUCCUUCACUAUAGACAAAGAAAACAAUGGCUCAACAAAGAAGAGUUGAUAGAUAUCACCUGUACAUUGCUGCUGUUGAACCCAGAUUUCACUACUGCAUGGAAUGUAAGAAAAGAAUUAAUACUGUCUGGCACUUUAAAUCCAGUUAAAGAUUUACAUCUUGGAAAAUUGGCACUAACUAAGUUUCCAAAGAGUCCAGAAACAUGGAUUCACAGACGAUGGGUGCUGCAACAAUUUAUUCAGGAAAAGUCCUUGCCCACUGUUGUGACUAAAGGGAAUUUGGAAACAGCAUCCCCAGAAAGAACACAACAAUUAGUGAAGGAAGAAAUGGAUGUUUGCUGUGAAGCUGCUGGGAGAUAUCCAAGUAAUUAUAAUGCCUGGUCCCAUCGCAUCUGGGUUUUACAGAACUUGGCAAAGCUCAAUAACAAGGUUCUUCUUGAUGAACUUUCUUCCACUAAGCACUGGGUUUCCAUGCAUGUUUCAGACCAUAGUGGAUUCCAUUACCGUCAGUUUUUAUUAAAAUCUUUGAUGGGCAGAACUGGGACUGACUGUACUGUGCAAGUGUGCAAUCAGCCAGGCAAUCAGCAAGCACCCAGUCUUCCAGAAGAAGAAGAUGAUGAUGAUGAUGCAGAAACUGCCUGUGCAGAACAACAGCAGCCAAAUCACCCUCUUCUUCUAAAAGAGCUAGAACUCUGCACUGAUUUGAUUAAUACUUUCCCAGGCCAUGAAACCUUGUGGUGUCACAGACGACAUGUAUUCUGCCUCCAGCACCACUUAAAGAACAAACUUCAGCUUCCAAGUGUCUGGUCAAUGACGGUGGACAGUAGCGAUGGAACACUGAAUAACACGCACUCUGGUGUUGCUUUUGAUCUUGUGACUCAAGCCAUGGAUAUUGAUGGUUUGAAUGAAGCUCGCAAACAAGGCUACACUCAAGAAACCAAACGUCUGAAACGUGCUCCUAUGCAGGACUCUGUCAGUCUAGAAGCAGAGUACAGGUUCAUUGAUCAUGUUUUAUCAACAUGUAGGGAAGUGGAGCAGGCAAGAUUUGCGGGUGCAUAUAAAAAAUGGCUGGUUUCUUUUCUAGGUCAAUGAAGAAGAUUUAAACAAAACACAACAACCUGCAGGGUACUUUGUUUAGUGCAAUAUUCUCUUUUCAGAUACAGGUGUGCAUAAUGAAAUCUGGCACUUUUCAUCCUAUGUUGUUGCUAUCAAUGUGAAACAUUAUUUGCCAGUGACGCCUUUAGAUUAAUCUAUAUUUUUAAAAGAACCAUGAUGUUAAUUAUUUAGAUGCUUUUCUAAAUUUCUGUCUCUAGAGGGUAACUCCAUAUCAUACAAUUCCACAAUCUAGUACAAACUAAACUACUUCUCCAUUAAAUUAAGAUGAAAACAAGUAUUUAGUUGUUGAUGUAAGUAGUGUUGCCAGAAAGAAAG